GGAACCGUCUCAUUUUCAGCCACACGCGAACCCUAGGAUAGACAUGGCCAAGAAAAAGUCCUCCUCCGCCGCCGCCGCCGCCGCCAACGGCAACGACAACGGCAACCAGGCCGCCGUCGCCGCCAAUGGCAAUGGCAACGGAAACCACGCCGCCGCGUCCAACGGCAACGGCAACCACGCUGCCCCGGCGCCAGCGCCGGGGAUGGAGGAGAAGCGGGACUCAUCGCCGGUACGGGACCGGAAAGCGGAGCAGCUAAAGACGCUCAACUCCAUGCUCCUCAAGGAGGCGGUCGAGCGGCGCGGCCAGGUGGCGGCGCUCACGGCGCGCCUCGAGGAGAUCUCCGCCGAUGGCGACGCGCUCGACGCCGCCGAGCGCGCAGUCGCGCAAGCCGCCCUCGCCGCGCCCCUCCGCGCCGCGGCCGACGAGGCAGCCGCGCUCCGCGCACGCCUCGCCGCCGUCCAGGACUCCCUCCGGCUCGCGGAAUCGAAGGCCGCGCUCGAGGCGGGCGCCAAGGACGAUGCCAGCGCGCGCCUUGAGGCGGUCGCUGGGGAGAAGGCACGGUUCCUGAAACUUCUCCAGGUCAAGGAGGCGGAGGUGGCGUCCAUAUCCAAAAAGGUCGCGAGCCUGUCGGCCAUGAUGGCAGAGUUGGAGGCCAACAAUUCCGAGCUGUUGAGUCAGAAUGGCGAGCUCAUGAAGCAAUUGGAGGAGACAAAGGAGGCGGUUCGGGUGGUCUCCUGCCAGAAGGCAGAGGUGGAGAGAAGCUUCCAGGAAUUCAAGAAAGAAUCUGAGGCGUUCCGGGUGGAUAUGGAGGGGAAGUUGAAGGCGAAGGUGGAGGAACUGAAGGUGCUGGGAUCCAAGAAGGCUGAGAUGGAUGCAAGGGUGGCCUCUUUGGAAACAGAGCUCGCAUUGUCUGUGACUAAGACAGGGGGAUUAGAGGCUGAAGUGAUGGCAAUGAAGAGGGAGCUUGAUUUGUUGAAGGGCAAAAGUGAUAAGCUUCAAUCAGAGGUUGCUGAAGCAGAGAAGAAACACAGCAUGUCUGCAGAAGAGGUUGAGAGGCUCAGGAUGGAACUGGGUGUGUUGGUGAAGGCAAAGGAGGUUGCUUCCAAGGCAUUUGAUGCUGAGAAGACUGAAAUCGUGAAGGAGUUGGAGAGCCUCAAGAGGAAGGUGGAGGAAAUCCAGGCUGACAAGGAGGCAGCCGAGGGGGUGACACGUGAGAAGGAUGCUCAGACCGUUAAGCUGAGGGCUGAGUUGGAGGAGCUCCAUGUUUCCAUGUCACAGCUCCAAACAUCAUGUGAUGAACUUGAUACCAAGCAUUCAAGCCUGCAGCGCGAGAAGAAUUCAGUUCUGAGAGCACUGGAUGCUGAGAAGGCUGAAGCAGGGAAGCUGAUGUCGAAAAUCAAGGAACUGGAGAACUGCAAUGGUAAAAUGGACAGUGAGAUUGGAGAGUUGAGGAUGGCAUUGAAGGAAAAGAAUGGGAAGAUCGAAGUCCUUUCCAAUGAGGCUGAGGAGCUGCAGCUCGCAGUGGCUGAAGCGCAGAAGAAGAACAAGGGUGGUAUCUGGGCGUGGGUGUAUGCCGCCACCACCACCAUGGUGGCCGCAAUCUCCCUGAUCUAUGCUGCCAGGGGCCAUUGAAGGAGUGCACUUUUCUUUUUCUUUUUUCUAUGUUGUUCCUCUAUUUGCAUGCUAGUAUGCCACUCGAAAUGGUCAGGUUGCUAUCUUAGCUGCAUCACAUAUGAUGAAUCGGCUGGUACUAUGCAAUGAAAUCAAAUUUUUGCUUGCAUUCUGGUAA